AUGGAGACGUCGGAGCAGAAGGAACUCCGUCGUGUGGCGUUCUUUGCCAUCGUUGUUAGUACUGUAGCCGUUAUUGCAGCUGUUGUCACACUUCCGAUGCUCUACAGCUAUGUUGCUAAUUUCCAAUCUCAUCUUAUCAUCGAAGCCGAUUUCUGUAAGACCCGUGCAAGAGACAUGUGGGCUGAGAUUAAUCACAUCGACUCACCGGAAUUCAGUCGUGCCAAGCGCCAAAACAACCCUCCCUCUACCGCACCUCUCUCUAACCCUUUGAUUGGCGGUUACGGGCAACCACCACUGAUAAACAGCGAACCAAGCCUCACAUGUUGCCCAUGUCAGCAAGGUCCAACAGGCCCACCCGGACCGCCUGGAGACGAUGGAGAGAAUGGAGCUGAUGGAUUGCGUGGAAAUGAUGGCGUUAAUGGAAAAGAUGGCAGUAUACUGGAGUCAGCUAUCAACACCGAACCUUGUAUUAUCUGUCCGGUUGGACUACCUGGUCCACAAGGUAUGAGCGGUGCCAAAGGACCACAAGGGCCGAAAGGUCCAUCAGGAGAGAAUGGUGCAGAUGGAAAGCCUGGUUUGCCGGGAAUGCAAGGACCGAUGGGAAUGAUGGGCACGACGGGAAGACAGGGCGUUAUCGGGCCAAAAGGUGCGCCGGGAAGAGUCGUACAAGUGAAUGGACCAGCUGGACCUACAGGAAAUAAAGGAUCACGUGGCCCACCGGGACCACGAGGAGAAGCUGGGUUCGAUGGUGGAAGCAUAGAGGGCCCCCCUGGACCUAUUGGCCUACCUGGACGUCCUGGACCUCCUGGACAACCUGGUCCACAGGGAGAGCAGGUUCCUUAUGCGUUUAUUUUUGAGCAUCUAUUAUAUGAAUAUUAG